AUGCCGACUCCCAUUCCUCAACCGCCAGGUCUUCCGAUCUUGGGAAAUCUGUUUGAUAUUAAGCCAGGCAAUACUUGGGGUUCUUUCAAUAAACUAGCGGUGAAUUAUCGUGGGUUUCCCUUGCGCCCAAUUUUCAAAAUCAGCGUGGUUGGUCAUGAUAUUGUCUUCAUCACCAGCGCAAAACUGCUCGAGGAGAUCUGUGAUGAGAAGCGUUUCCGCAAAUGUGUGACCGGCCCUAUUGUCGAAAUCCGCCAGGCAGUCCACGACAGUCUGUUUACCGCGUUCCACCAUGAAGAAAGCUGGGAUAUUGCCCACCGUAUCAUGGCCCCUCUGGUCUCGCCAGAGGCCGUGGUCGAAGUUUUUGAUGGAAUGCGUGAAACCGCCACAGAUCUGGUCAAGAAGUGGACUGCGGGACCCCGGCAGCGCGUCAAUGUCAGCAACGACCUGGACCGUCUGAACCAUGCCGCCAACAUGCUCUGCUUCUUCGACCAGCGGAUCCACUGCCUGGAGGGACCGGAGCCCUCGCUCAUCAAGGCCAUGGAGGCCGCCACGGGCGAAGCCAUGCGUCGCCCCACCCGCCCCAAGUUUCUGAAUUGGCUCAUCUACCAGCGUCGCUUCAACAGCUACAUCAAGACGAUGCGCGACUACGCCGCCGAGAUCAUCGCCACGCGUCGCGCCUCUCCGACCGAGAAGAAGGACAUGCUUCAUGCCAUCCUGCACGGCAAGGACCCGGAGACCGGCCAAGUCCUCACGGACAGCCAGCACCUGGACGAAAUCAUCAACAUCUUCAUUGGAAGCGCCACGACCUCUAACCUCGUCUCUUUCGCGUUGUAUUAUCUCAUGAAGAACCCGCACGAAAUCACCCGUGCCCGCGAGGAGAUCGAUGCCGUGGUCGGCGGCCCGACAGACCAGCUCGAGCACGAGCAUCUCGCCCGCCUGCCUUACUGCGAAGCCAUCCUGCGUGAAUCGCUGCGCCUUUCGGCUACCGCGCCGGGCUUCAACAUCGAGCCCAUCCCGGGACAGGAGGAGCCCGUGCUCCUUGCAGGCGGCGAGUACCAGGUGCCCAAUAACCAGCCGCUCAUUGCGCUUCUGGCGGCCGUCAACCGCGACCCGGAGGUCUUCGAGGAUCCGGAUGCGUUCAAGCCCGAGCGCAUGGUCGGCGAGAAGUACGACCGGCUUCCGUCCGGAAUGAAGAAGGGUUUUGGGAACGGCAAGCGUGAGUGCUUUGGCAAGCGCUACGCCUGGGAAUGGUCGUUCAUGAUCCUGGUCACGAUCAUGAAGGACGUGGACUUUGAGCUGGCAGAUAAGAAAUACCAGACGGAAGUUGAAGGAGUCAAUUACAACGGGGCUUUCAGCACCAAGCCGCUGGGGUUGUUUGCGUUGACGGGACCUCGACAGAGGGUGUGA